AUGCCUCCGCCACGUACUUGGCGAGACGGCAACCGGCACCCAGCCCGGGAAGCUCCUGCAAGCGAGACCUACAGCAGCAGCGAGGAGGAGGCGGAAGAAGCCGAAGAAGAAGCUCCCGAGGGCGACGCCACAGUGCGAUUGGGAGCUCCCCCUCCGAGCGGUCGGGUGGCCAAGAAGAGCUCAGCGCCACCACCGCCUCCAGCUGCAGCUGCUAGCACGCUGCCUCCGACGGCGGUACCGGUAGCGGGUCUGGGAGCCCCGCCGGGACCACCACCGCUCCCGGCUUCUCCGGGCCAGCCGACGACCAUCUACCCCGAUGGGACGGCCCAGCAGGGACUGUACACUGCCACGGGACAGUUCAUAGGAUACUUUCGGGUGCCUGUCGGAGUGCCCAUGGUGAUUUUCCCGAGGGUUCCAGCAGAGGCCAACGGAGACGCUAGUGCAGCCGCCUCUCCAGGCCCAGCGGCUUCCACAGCCGCGGUGGAGCCUACGGCAGUGAAGGCUGAGCCUACGGAGAAGUCACGGCACCCCAAGGACAAAGGGGAUGCCAAGAGGGCCAAGGAAGGCCGAGAGCGCCCCGAGAAGGAGAGCGCCAACAAGAAGGACAAGAGGGACCGGGACCCCAAGAAGGACAAGAAGGACCGGGACCCCAAGAAGGAGAAGAAGGACCGGGACAACCAGAAGGAGAAGAAGGAGACCCGGGUACCCGAGCCGAAGGCGUAUCCCCUCAAGAAGGACAGAGGGUACGGCCGGGUGAAGGAAGAGCCCAAGGAGCCUCGCGAGCGCGGAAGCCCCUCCUUUGAGCGUGAGUUUCUGCCGCAGGCGAGGGCGAAGUCGGGUGCUUGGAAGCCGUAUAACGAUACCUGGUUCGAUUAUGACGGCAGAGACGAGCGCCUGUACCCAGAGGAGGCGAGGAGGCGACGUGGUGGACCUCCCGCUCCUCGCACCCCGCCUCGAGGCAGGACCCCAGGGCGUCGCCCCCCCUUCAACCCUUACGAGGGUGACGAGGAAGAAGAAUCUGGUGCCUCAGGCAGCGCGGGCCCAGGGCCGGCUUUCGACUCCUCCCAGAGUCCGAUGUCGGCACCGCCACGCGAGCCACCGGGACGACUCCCGGGACCGGCGCGGGGACUCCAGGCCCCGUACCCCGCCGAGGCGCCGGGCAAGAAGCAGCGCGAGAGGCGCAAGUACGCGGUGAGGCGCGACCGAGGUUCGGACAGUCGCGCCAGCCCCGAGAAGAAGCGCCCGCGCAAGACGGCAAAGAGUGAGGAGAGCCCUCCACUGCCGCCUCCGGCGACUCCUCCGCCAAAGCCCUCUCCGACGUCCCCGGCGGACCGCCGUGACAGGAUGCACGCGCCAGCUCAGCGUGCAGAGCCGUUGCGUGCUGCCCAGGCAGCCCCGGCCAAGGCACCGAGCAGGCCGGCGAGCAAUCGCUCGCACGGCAAAGCGAGCGCUGGCUCGCAGGGCAUGCCACGCGAUGGUGCGCCGGUCAAGGCGGGCGGACCUCCACUGCCCCCGCCGCUCAGUGACCGCAUCAUACUGCAGAAGCAGGGAGUCACGGAUCGGGAUCCACUCGAAGCUCUGGCCGGAGGCGAUGAGCACCAUUCGCGCCUGCUCGCUCGUAAGCCCAGAGCGCUCCAGCAGUCGGUGCCCUUUGGCUUCACCGGAGUACAUCCCUUGGAUGUUGACCCCGAGGUGACCGAGCUGCUUGUGGGUCUGGUCGAACCUGUGGACGUAGGCCCGCAUGGACUCGCCGCCGCGGCGCUCUCCAAGCGCUUGAGCGCCGAGCUCGAGGAAAUCUCCAAGGCCAUGGAGGUCCUCACAGUGACGGCCCAGAAGCUGAAGUCCUUCACGCAAGGACGCCGGUGGACGGAUGGGCGCCUCCCGUGUCCACGUGACGGAGCACGAGAGGGUGGCUACGAGGAGCCGCCGCCCGACGAGCAGGCCUACGACGACCAAUACGACGAGUACUACGAUGCUGCCGAGGGCCAAGCGGAGGAAGACGGACAGGGCCAGGAGACCCACGAGUCCUACUUUGUGUGGAUGACCACCCUCGAGGAGUGGAUCCCUCCGCAGGUCUCCCAGGUGCUGACCAACGCACCGGAGACGGCCGCCGGCCUCAUGAUCGUCGACACUGCCUGCCAGAAGACCUGCAUCGGCAGGAAGGCCUACCUGGCCCACUGUGCGACCUUGCGCCCUUUUGGCCUGAGUUGCAAGUGGCUGCCAGAGUCCGAGCGCUUCAAGUUCGGCGCAGGCAAGCCGGCGAUGAGCUCUGCCUCGCUGGCGAUCCCCGCAGGCAUUGACGGCAGGCCGAUGGUCUUGGUGGCCUCCCUGCUUGCCGCGGAGAUCCCGCUGCUGGCGUCCCUCAAGAUGCUGAAGCAGCUUGGAGCGGUGCUCGACCUCCCUUCUGAGAAAGCCUUCCUCGGCUCUCUCCAGAUCGAGGUCCCCCUCCACGUGACAUUGGGCGGACACCUCGCCAUCUGUGUCACGUCUUUUCCUGUCGACGGACUUCCGUGCGACCUGGACGAAACAAGGCUGGAGGAGACCUGGGACGUCGCCUCUCACCGCGGCCGGAAGAAGCUCACGGAAGCACUGGACUACUACAAGCCUUUAGUCCUGGCCGUGAGGCUGACGAGCUCCCCGGCUCACUCGGACCCGGAAGUGAGCAAGGCUGCGCUCAAGGCGCUGGAGAAGCAGCAACGGCGAGGUCACUACUGGACCCUGAUAGCUCCCCCGGACCACACGGUGUGGAGUAAUCAGAACGUCAGCAGGCUUCUCAGCAGCAGCCAUGCACACGUGACCCAGGCCGAAGCGACUCCGGCUGGACUUGCUCACCGCGUCCGCCGAGUUGUGCGCGAGUUGGAGCCUACACGGUUCCGCCGCGAGAAGCAGCGUCCGCUUCGCACCCCUGCCUGCGGCACCUGGGACCGGGUUUCAACAAAGCCCCCGUUCCACGAAACCUACUACCUGGACUACGUCCAGGACGACCGAGAAUGGCGUGGUGUGAUGGAUCAAGUGGAGCAGGUGUUUCGCACAAGCGCCUCCCCUCAGAUCACCCUCACACCCGGUCACGAGAUCUGGAAGCGGAUUUCGGAAAUGAUCCCCUGGCGGAUUGAGCGAGUCCAGCUCGCCAAGGCGCCAAAGGCGCGGCGCUUCCCUCGAGACAUCCCCUUCACUCACCGUGCCACCGUCCUGCUCUACAACGACGACGAAGUGGCCUGUGAAUCGGAUGAUGUCGCCAACAUCGCCUUCCCUCACCAGCGGUUUCCUAAACCCGUGAGAUACGCUAUAUGCGUCUAUGGCGAUGCGCCUGAGGAUCCAACUGAUGUCCCAGCGCCCCCUCAGCCGACAGGGACCCCUCCGGUUGACCCGGACGUUCCGCCUGAGGAAGUGCACGGCGCGGACAUUACCUUUCCGAACUGCAAGGCACCGCGGGAGAUAAAGCGGGCAGUGGCACGCCUACAUGUGAACUUGGGACACCCGUCAAGUGCGGACCUUGUCCGAAUGUUGGCACAGAACGGCGCCGUCACGCCCGAGGCUGUCUCCGCGGCAAAAGCACUCACAUGUGCCUCAUGCCUUCGCAUGCGCGGAAACGCUCCCCCGCGACCUUCUCGACUCGUGGACCGCUUCGUCGGACAACUGGGAGACUGUGUCCAAAUGGACAUCUUCUACUCGCGGACCGUUGACGGCACGAACUACCCACUCCUGGGGAUAGUGGACGAGGCGACAAACCUCCAGCAAGUGUGCGUGUUGAAGGACCGCAACCCUAAAACCGUGGUCGAAGCCUUCCGCACGACCUGGGCGCGUCCCUUUGGUUUCCCUCACAAGGUCACCUUAGACCAGGACGGCGCGUUUAUGGGUGACUUCUGGACGUACCUCGUCGACAACUCAACGGAGGUGGACUACGUUCCCGCCGAGGCACACCACCGCCUGGGCAAAGCGGAACGGUGCAACGCGGUCUACCGCGAGGUCCUCAACCGAGUUGUAGAUAGCAUGGCGGCCGCUACGCCGGAGGACUUGGAGAUGGCAGUGGACGCAACCACACAUGCCAUCAAUUCCAUGCCCCGUUCCCGCGGACUCUCAGCCUAUGCUAUCGUGUUCGGACGCAUUCCCCGCGUCCCGGCGGAGCUUCUGACUGACGACUCGUCACUGGCGGCCAACAUUCCGUUGGAAGAGCACAACCGCCACACGAUUGUCUACAGAGCUGAGGCUCAGAAGGCAGCGGCGCAGGUCAACGUGGACAUCUCGCCCGGCGCCAAGUGUGCCGUCUGGCGAUCCCAACUUCGCGGAAAAGGCCCCCGCAAACGCGGCGGCUAUGUCAUCGGCAGGUUGGUUACCUUCGAUGGACAUUGCGCGUGGGUGCAACUGGGCACUCAGACGGUGAAGGUGGACAGGAACCAGCUGAGGCCAGCCUAUGGUUUCGAAGCCUGGUCCCCCACCGACGAGGAUAUAAAGGCCCUCAAGAACGCCGAAGCUAACCUUUUGAGCGGCGAGGUGGAAGACUGGCAGGGUGAAGCGCCGCCAGACGACGAGCCCCUGUUUCCGGAACUGGAGUUUCCACCUGAGCCGAGCGAGGAGCAAGUACAGUCUGCCUUGGACGGCACCGACGGCGCCGACCUGGCGGCCCUGGCAGACACAGCGGCAGCGAGCGCAGCCUCCGCGCCCCCGCUACCUCCUCCGGCUUACUCGCCACCGGCUUCUGAGGUCCCUCUGCAAGACGACUCUGAAAUGGCGUUGAGCAGCCAAGCGACCUUGAUCUGCGAGUCCGGAGAGGUGCCCGAGGUGUUCGCUUCAGAACACCGAGAGCCACCUAUCCAGGGUGCGGAGGACGACGGCGUGGAAGACUGUCAUCCGUCCUGGAAAGUGUGCUACGUUGGCGACCAGAAGCAGCUCGCCAAUGUCAACAAGAUGACUCGCAAAGAGGUGAAAGCCCUUAAUCGGGAGAUCCCCUGGCGAGAAAUCUUGAAGCAGCCGCGUGUGGUUUUCGACAAGUACGUCGAAGCCGCUCGCAAGGAGCACGAGCAAUGGGGCACUUGGGCACCAGUCCGACCCCUUAGUGACAAAGAAGCCAACGAGGUCCUCAAGGACCCGCUUCUGAGAACCCGCGUUCUCAAGUCACGCGCGUGCUACCGCGACAAAGCGUGCGGCCAAGGCGCUUUGCAGGCCAAGUGCCGUGUGGUGGUCCUUGGUCACCGUGAUCCCGACCUUCACGCGAUCAGCAGGGACGCACCAACGCCGACGCGCCUCACAGAACACAUCCUCCUCGCGGUGUAUAUAAGCGGACGAAACCGUUCGUUUUUACGGAACCGCCGAGUGUGGAGACUCUGGAGCGCUGAUGCCACCACGGCAUUCCUCCAAGGGAGGCAGAAUGAAGGAGAGCGACCAAAUCGGCUCUUCAUGAUGUCUCCGAGAGACCCAAUACUGGAGAAGGCCGGAGCCUUCCCCGCCACCAUCUACGAGGUCACUGGAUCCGUUUAUGGUUUGGCGAACGCGCCACGCUUGUGGUCUCUCGAGGUAGGCAAGCGACUACUCGCGGCCGGGUUUCGACCUCACGCCCUUGACCGGAUGUGCUUCCUGCACUACGACAAGGAAGGCUGUUUGGACUGCAUAGCGUUGGUGUACGUGGACGAUUUUUUAGUCACUUAUGCCGACCACUUUGAUUUGACGGUGCUGACGCGCCUCUUCAAGUGGGGCAAGACCUCCUUCGACACCGACGUUAUAACCUUCAAAGGGAAGCAGCUCCGGACGGUCAAGGAGAAUGGUGUUUUCGUCCUCCGGGUGACGCAAUCGGAGUACAUCCGUACCCUUGCCCCCGGGAAGGUGACUCGCCAACGAGGCCGUGAAGACCCGAAGCUGACUGAAGCUGAGCUUUCGGAGUUCCGCUCCGUCUGUGGAGCACUCCAAUGGCUCGUGGGACAGACGCGUCCUGACGGUGCUGCUACGGUUUCUUUGAUGAACCGCGGCAACGACUCCACCCUCAGUGAGCUCAAGCAGCUGUACGCCCUGUCGGAGUACUUCGCUCGUACACACAGCGAUGGGCUGGUCUUCCACGGGAUCCCCAUCAACGAGCACAGCACCAUCGUGAGCUACGGUGACUGCUCAUGGGCGAAUGCCCAGGAGUACAAAAGCCAAGAAGGCCUCCUUGUGUGUCUCACGACACCGGACGCGCUGACGGGCAAUGCCCCCGCCGUGCUUCUUGACUGGAAGAGCACCCGCACUCCACGUGUGGUGCGCUCCACUCUGGCUGGUGAGGCAUACGCCGCAGAUGACUCGAUCGAUAGGGGCGUCCUGGCAAACCAGAUGUUCUCUGAGAUCAUUUUCGGGUGUGAAGCUAACCCCGUCACCAAUCUCAAGACACUGCGUCACUGCCACGCCACUGAUUGUAAGUCUCUGUACGACGCCGCCAUCGCCGCUAACUUCAAUACUGAAGAAAAGCGCGUUGGCCUGACGAUCAGGGCUGUUCAGGAAACCAUUGCCCCUCAAGACAUGCGCUGGGUUCCUACGACCGCCAUGUGGGCAGAUGGUCUGACUAAAGUCUCUGACAGUCUGCGCGAGACCUUCCGCAACUGGCUCCGACAGCCAACGGUUCAGCUGAGGUCCGACGCCUGA